GUCCUGAUUCGAUUGUUUACCAUCAAUCACGCGAUUCCUUGCCAGGGACUGGAUGAUUAUUAGCCUGAAGACGCUGAAAGGGGGCAGGCAAAGAACUGGAGGCAGCAUUCUUCCUAUUUAAAGCUGCAUCACUUGAGGGGAGAAAAGUGUUUGCAGGCGGUGCAGGAACCAGAGCUGGUUAAAAGGAAAAAGCAAGCAAGAGGGGAGCUUGCAGGCUUUCCAUGUGUCCUGUGGGAGUGCUGAAAGAAAAGAGCUGGCUUUAUGAUGCCCAAAUAAUUUUUUUUACACUUUUUUUUUGCACUUUUCCUCGCCUCAGGACGAGGAGGAUAUACAUGUCUAAUAUUUAGACAUGAUGGCCAUCUGGACCCAAAGAAGAACAUUUGUCAUUCUUAUUGCUUUUCUAGGACAUUUGGGGACGAUACGAACACAAGAAGAGGACGAGUUUGAGGGGGACAUAGAAGAUGAAGAAAUCGCCUGCACUCAGAAUAACCAGGUGUAUCUGAACAGGGACAUCUGGAAACCUUCAUCAUGCCAGAUUUGUGUCUGUGACAAUGGAGCCAUUUUGUGUGAUGUGAUUCAGUGUCUUGAAGUACUGGAAUGUGAAAACCCACAGGUUCCCGCUGGAGAGUGCUGUCCCUUGUGUCCAAACACAGCCCAGAAUGGAUUUGAAGGUUCUAUUGGUAGAGGACUGAAGGGUCAAAAAGGAGAACCUGGAGUAGUCCCAGUGGUUACAGGUAUAAGAGGACGGUCUGGACAACCUGGACCUCCAGGUUCACAAGGACCCAGAGGAGCUCAAGGACCAAAAGGAAGACCGGGUGGCCGUGGUCCUCCAGGAAUGGAUGGGGAACCUGGUGUACCUGGACAACCUGGUGACCCUGGGCCUCCUGGACAACCAUCCACAGGGCCAGAUGGCAUCGGCAGACCAUUUACAUCUCAGAUGGCAGGGCCAGAUGAUGGAUUUUCACCCGUGAUGAUGCCUGGUCCAGUGGGUCCUGUGGGUCCAAGAGGAUCUCCAGGUCAACAGGGGAAACCAGGUUCUGUUGGGCCCCCAGGUCCUCCAGGUGAAUUUGGUGACUCAGGACCCAUGGGUCCACCUGGUGUUCGUGGCCCAGAAGGUCCUCCAGGAAAACCUGGUGAAGAUGGUGAAUCUGGCAGACCAGGGCAAUCUGGAGAAGUUGGAUUUCCAGGAUCUACAGGCCCUCGAGGUUUUCCUGGUGCACCAGGUCUUCUGGGUUUAAAGGGCCAAAGAGGAGAGAAAGGACUUGAAGGCCCUAAGGGUGAAAUUGGAGCUACUGGAUCUAAGGGUGAAUCAGGUCCAUCAGGGCAGAUGGGUGCAACAGGUCCUAUGGGUCCCCGAGGGAUGGCAGGAGAAAGAGGACGAAUUGGACCACAGGGUGCUCCAGGGGCUCGUGGUUCAUAUGGUAUGCCUGGGAAGCCAGGGCCAGGAGGUCCUCUUGGUAUACCUGGUUCACCGGGUUUUCCUGGCAUACCUGGCAUGAAGGGCGAAGCUGGUCCAACAGGUGCACGUGGUCCAGAAGGUCCUCAAGGACAAAGAGGAGAAACAGGCCCCCCAGGUCCCACAGGAUUAUUUGGUCUUCCUGGUGCCGUAGGUACAGAUGGUUCCCCAGGUGCUAAAGGGCCUUCCGGAUCUCCAGGAACUUCAGGGCCACUUGGCUUAUCAGGUCCACUUGGUUCUCCAGGACCACAAGGCAACACAGGUCCUCCUGGCAUUCGAGGACAAAUGGGAGAUCCUGGUGUUCCAGGGUUCAAAGGAGAAGCUGGGCCCAAGGGAGAACCCGGUCCCCAUGGCCCCCAAGGACAAAUUGGACCUGUUGGUGAAGAAGGGAAAAGAGGUCCUCGUGGUGACCCAGGAUCAGUCGGUGUUCCUGGACCUGUUGGAGAAAGGGGUCCUCCUGGCAACCGUGGCUUUCCAGGAUCUGAUGGUUUGCCAGGACCAAAGGGGGCUCAAGGGGAGCGAGGUGCUGCAGGGGCUCCAGGCCCUAAAGGAAGCCAAGGGGAUCCUGGUCGCACAGGUGAACCUGGCCUCCCAGGUGCCAGGGGUCUGACAGGGAAUCCUGGAGUCUCAGGUCCGGAAGGGAAACCUGGUCCUUUGGGUGCUCCAGGAGAAGAUGGUCGGCCAGGCCCAGCAGGUUCAAUCGGAAUUAGAGGCCAGCCAGGUAGCAUGGGUCUCCCUGGGCCAAAAGGCAGCAGUGGGGAUCCUGGAAAACCUGGAGAAGCAGGAAAUGCUGGUGUCCCAGGGCAGAGAGGGGCACCUGGUAAAGAUGGUGAAGUUGGCCCUGCUGGUCCUGUUGGUCCCCAUGGACCAGCAGGUGAAAGAGGGGAACAAGGUCCUCCAGGUCCUACAGGCUUUCAGGGCUUACCUGGUCCUCCAGGCCCUCCAGGGGAGGGGGGAAAGCCAGGUGAUCAGGGUGUUCCUGGUGAUUCUGGAGCGCAAGGUCCAUUAGGUCCAAGGGGAGAACGUGGCAAUCCAGGGGAAAGAGGAAACCCAGGAUCAUCUGGUCUUCAGGGUGAAAAGGGUAUGGCUGGUGGUCAAGGUCCAGAUGGUCCAAAGGGUAAUCCAGGCCCCUCAGGAACCCCAGGGGAUCAAGGCCCUCCUGGUCUUCAGGGAAUGCCAGGAGAGAGAGGCCUGGCUGGAGCCCCUGGCCCCAAAGGUGAUCGGGGCAGUGUAGGAGAAAAAGGAGGCGAAGGCACGGCUGGCAAUGAUGGGGCCAGAGGGCUCCCAGGUCCAUUAGGCCCCAUUGGCCCUGCAGGUCCGGCUGGUGAAAAGGGUGAACCUGGUCCUCGAGGUUUAGUUGGCCCACUAGGCUCCCGUGGAAAUCCUGGUUCCCGUGGUGAAAAUGGCCCUACUGGACCAGUUGGAUUUGCUGGCCCUCAGGGUCCCGAUGGUCAACCUGGUGUGAAAGGUGAACCUGGGGAGCCUGGGCAGAAAGGAGAUGCUGGAUCCCCAGGACCUCAAGGUCUUGCAGGUUCUCAUGGUCCACCAGGCCCUUCUGGGGUUCCUGGACUCAAAGGAGGCCGUGGUACAAAAGGACCCCCUGGUGCUACAGGUUUUCCUGGAUCUGCUGGAAGAGUUGGACCCCCAGGACCUACAGGAGCUCCUGGUCCAGCUGGGCCUCUUGGUGAACCAGGCAAAGAAGGUCCUCCCGGUGUUCGUGGAGAUCCUGGUGCUCAUGGUCGAGUAGGAGAUAGAGGGGCAGCAGGACCACCUGGCAGUCCUGGAGACAAAGGAGACUCAGGAGAAGAUGGACAACCUGGUCCUGAUGGCCCCCCAGGUCCAGCUGGAACUACUGGGCAGAGAGGCAUUGUGGGAAUGCCAGGCCAACGUGGAGAGAGGGGCAUGCCUGGCCUGCCAGGCUCUGCAGGAACUCCUGGAAAACAAGGUCCAGCAGGACCAUCAGGGGACAAAGGUCCUUCUGGGCCCAUAGGUCCUCCAGGCGCCCAUGGUCCAGUGGGUGAAGCAGGACCAGAAGGUCCUGCUGGUAAUGAUGGGACUCCUGGACGAGAUGGAGCUGUGGGUGAAAGGGGUGAUCGUGGUGAGCCUGGACCUGCAGGACUUCCUGGUUCUCAGGGUAUUUCAGGCACCCCAGGGCCAGUUGGACUUCCAGGGGAUCCAGGACAAAGAGGUGAACCAGGUUCACGAGGCCCAGUAGGUCCUCCUGGUCGUGCUGGAAAACGAGGUUUGCCCGGUCCCCAAGGUCCUCGUGGUGACAAAGGUGACAACGGUGAUCGAGGGGACAGGGGACAGAAAGGUCAUCGAGGUUUCACUGGCCUUCAGGGUCUCCCUGGACCUCCUGGACCUACUGGUGAACAAGGCAGUGCUGGGAUUCCAGGCCCGUUUGGCCCAAGAGGUCCUCCAGGUCCAGUUGGGCCUUCAGGUAAAGAAGGAAAUCCUGGACCACAUGGACCAGUUGGGCCUCCUGGUGUAAGAGGGACUUUGGGAGAAGCAGGACCUGAGGGUCCUCCUGGUGAUCCUGGCCCUCCAGGCCCACCAGGUCCCGCUGGCCACCUUACUGCCGCAAUUGGUGACAUUAUGGGACAUUAUGAUGAUGGUCUAGCAGAUCCACCACCUGAGUUCACUGAAGAUGAAGCUGCUCCAGAUGACAGCAAUAAAACAGAUCCAGGAGUCCAUGCCACAUUGAAGUCACUGAGUAGCCAGAUUGAAACAAUGCGCAGCCCUGAUGGAUCCAAGAAACACCCAGCCCGUACUUGUGAUGAUCUGAGGCUAUGCCAUCCAUCCCAAAAGAGUGGAGAAUAUUGGAUUGACCCUAAUCAGGGCUGUGUGGAAGAUGCAAUCAAAGUAUUCUGCAAUAUGGAAACAGGAGAAUCGUGUAUAGCUGCAAAACCAGCUAUUAUUCCACGUAAAACAUGGUGGACAAGUAAAUCAUCUGAUCUAAAACCAAUAUGGUAUGGGCUUGAUAUGAACAAAGGUUCACAGUUUGUUUAUGGCGAUAAUCACUCACCCAACACAGUGGUCACGCAAAUGACUUUCCUGCGCUUACUCUCCAAAGAGGCCUCUCAGAAUAUCACCUACCACUGCAAAAACAGUAUAGGCUACAUGGAUGACCAAGCCAAGACCCUGAAGAAGGCUGUGGUGCUGAAGGGAGCCAAUGACCUUGAGAUGAGAGCUGAAGGAAAUAGCCGUUUUAGAUACACUGUCCUUUCUGACACCUGCUCUAAACACAAUGGAAAUGUGGGCAGCACAGUCUUUGAAUACAGAACACAGAAUGUGGCACGCUUACCUAUCAUUGAUAUUGCCCUGAUAGAUGUUGGACGUGCAGACCAAGAAUUUGGAGUAGAGAUUGGACCAGUUUGUUUUGUGUAAAAAAAAAAAAAAUAAAGAAGCAAAUAAGUAAAUACGUAAAUAAAUAAAUGGGCUUAUCUUUUAAAAGCAUUGCGGAUGACAGCGGCACCAACAGAACGCAAGAACUUAGACUGAGUGAAGUUAAUCCUGAGACUCUUGAAGCUAUGGCUGAUAUUGUAAUCAGCAGUGUAUAUAACAGUUCUUUCUAACUCCUUGGCCGCCUUUAGUGUAUUUAUUUUACUUACAAACCUUCGGUCUCACUGUCCAGGUCAACAUUUUAAUGAAGUAAAUACUACUUUAAAAUGACAAGUGACCAGAUCUGGAUCUAAAAUAACAACAGUAAUUCAAAACUAAUCUUUGUUUCCUAAUUAGAAAUGGCAAUAAUGAUUUUUUGGAGGUUCUGCUCAACUUUAAAAAGCGUAAUUCAUAUAAUGGAAGUAUGUUAAACAGCAGUAGGAAAUAAGUAAGAGAUUCAGAUUUUCAUAUCAAGAUUACCACUCCACCAAUGCAGUGCCAUAGGGCACCUCCACAGGCAAUCAUCGCCCUUGCUCAAACUGAGGCAUCUGUAUGAUCCCAUACUAUCCUCAGCUCAGCAGCUGUGAAUUUCAAACACAGUUGAAACAAUAUCCCUUUUGAUAUGCAGAUGUUUUGGAGAGUGGUUUCCCUUUGGUUACAUCACCCCAGCUUCUGAACUUCACCCAGUCUCUUCCAAUAGAGGUUUAGCCGCUGUGACAUCUUAACAAAAUGCAGUUAUCUUGCAGAACCUUAAAAUACAGCAGGGGGACACUCCACAGCCUUUCCCAAGAAACCAUUAGGAUUUGUGGGGGGCAGUCACUGGAGAAAUGCAGACAUGAAAUUCAGAUCUGCUGGGGCACUGAUUGAAUAUUGUAUUUUGCUGCCAGGGCAGAUAGAGACUACACAGGUUGGCUCAGGAUUAUCUCAUGGUUUCAAGACCAGGAGCAGUGCAGAUGAUCCAUGGGUCAGUUUCAGAUUGAUUCUUAGAAACUGGGGAAUGAAAAUGGUGGCAAGAACCCAUAGAUUGCAACAUAAUAAUGUGAUGCUCUACUGUCUAUUUAGAAGCAUCUCCCACUGAAUUCAGUAGGCUUUGUUCCUGGAUAAGUAGGUAUAGGUUUGCCAGGCAAUAGGUACUAGACGCUGGCUACACUCUUGAGGAAGAUCAUUAUUCACAUUACUGAAGCCACUCCCUAAAAAAAUGUGUUUCUGCAACUAGUCACAGCAGAUGAUGGAAGUGAAUCAGUCUUCCUCAACAUGAUGCACUCUAGGUGUGUUGGAUGUUAAAUCCUUUAAUUCUGCAAUCAGCAUUGGUGAUCAUGGAAACUAAACAUCUGGACAAUAGGUUGAGAAAGCUUGAAGAAGAUAAUAUAUAUGUUUUUAAGGCUUAUAAUUCUGAGGUGUCCCAGAGUUCAGAGCUUGCUAUCUCAUUCCAUAAAUCUAUAAUCCAAAAAAAUGUGUUUUCCAAAGUAAGUUUCAGAAUCAACACUUAAAGAUUUUGGUUGAGAGGAUUAGUUGUUGACUAAUUCUCAAGCCAGCAGGGCCAUUACUGAGAAUUUUGGUGGUUGGAGUGGACACAACACAGAUUGUGGAAGGUUGUCCCAACUCCUUCAAGUAUAUUGUCCAGUUAUGUGUGUUGUUGUUUAUUCCCAUGUAUUAAUCCCAAAUCAGGUAUUAACAUAAAUAUUAGAGUUUUACUGUGGCUGAGAUAAUUGUUUCACUCAACAACUGGUCAUGCAUCAUCAGAAAUUGUGACAUGGCAUGUCUUGAUUUAUUAGGACAAACCAAGGGUCCAUCAUUUCUUAGCAUGAGCUACCUCAUCUCUAGAAGCUGGGAUGCAUUUAAUAAUCUAGUGUUAAUUCUAGAUACGACAAGGUGCUAUGCUUCUGUUAUAAUUCCAAGAAUGGAGAUACACAGGGCAAUGUAAUAAUGAAGUAAUAAUAAUUAUUAAAAUGUUUUCUUUUUGAAAAAAGGGAAUGGUGCUAAAAUGGUUUCUGUACAAUCCUGCAAAAAUAAAUAUAUUGUCAUCAACCUUUUCUUUUUUUAAUAGAAUUUAGAUACUACAUUUUUGGUGUCUGGGAAAAAUUCUUAUACAUUAUGUUCCUUUCUCUUAUUGUUUUAUGAUCUACAGAAUGGGGUGUACAUCACCAUAUUUUAUUUUCCAUGGAGCAUUUGGCUACAAACCUAGUUCUUCAAUUGGUUUCUUUGUUGAAGACCUAUGUUCUCCUGUUUCUUGUUUGUUUGUUUUUCUAAAGAAACACACACACAAAAAGAAAAGCCAUACACAUAGCUUUAUUCAUGUAUCUUUGCAAAACAUUUAAUUAAAUACAAAUUUCAUGUUGA